GCCGACCUUGUUUACGUGUCUUGUCUGUUGCCUCUGGAGUUGGCUCCGCUCCACCGUCAGAGCUUGCCGCCUCGCUGCCGGCUCGAGAUACAACGCCACGGAAGUGUGGUGUCUGCGAUUUAAACAGAUCGUGAACGCUCCGGUUAUACCCAGGGUGCAGUGAAGAGGAACGUUGAAGAAACGAGCCUGCCAACUUCCAUCAUGGAAGGGCUUCCCCCCGACCUAAAGCUCGUGGCUAAACAAGAGCUUGGGGAAACGCCGCAAAGGAGGAGGGAUGCUGUGGCACGAUUACGGACGCUUGUCCAGGAGGAGCCGGCGCUGCAGUGCCCCCUGGACGAAGAGUUCCUGGUGAAGUUCCUGCGCGGCCGCAAGUACCGCGUGGAAGAAGCCUUCGAGAUCAUCCGUGUCUGGAACCCAAGUGUAUGCUCACUAAACGAGUUCUAUAGAGCUGUCAUCGUUGGAGCGGAAUACUGUCUGCUGGAUCAGCGAUUCCAAAUUGCAGGCGUCGUGGCGGUGGUUGACCUGGAGGGACUCAACUUUUCUCACCUUCUCCACUACACGCCGAAGGAACUCAGGAAGACUGUCAAGCUGGGCCAGGAAUGCUACCCACUCAGGAUCAAGGGUAUCUACUUAGUGAACAAUCCUGAAGUAUUUCAGCUCCUGUACGCAGUCGUCAAGUUGUUUCUGAACGCGAAGAUCAUCAAAAGGGUUCACUUUAUUGGACGCGACUACGACCAGCUUCAUAAAUUCGUUCCCCGCGAACUGCUGCCCGAAGAAUACGGUGGUACCCUGGGCAACUACGACUACGACGAGUUUGAGCGGGCCUUGCUUAACACCGGGACAUUUUUUGUGGAGCUCGGCAAACAUGGCUACCGGGAGGGGAAAGCGCAGAAAGAGUCGACUGGGCUCUAA